UGUGUUCAAACAAACUAAAUAUUAUAUUCAAAAUCCUCUGCCGCAUAUCGAAUUCUAUACCUUAACACUACUAAUUUCAUUGUGUGAAACGUAGCCAAUUUUUGUUUGUUUUUGUUAUAUGUAUAUAUAUAUUUUUAAAAUCGAGAAUGCCGGCCACCAAAGGAUACUUAUUCAAGCGAUACAUUCGUAUCGAGCUCAAUCUCUGGAGGCGCUCGCUCUUCGAGGCCAUCACCCUGGUGAUCAUGGUCCUUGUGAUCAUGCUCAAUCCCAUCGCCCAUUCCAAGCAGCUUCUCUACAUGAGCAACGAUAAAGAAAACGAACAGAUCAUCGUAUCGCACAAGCUUCAGGAUAUCAACAUAUUGACACGAAUGGCGGACUCAAAGCGGGAGAAGACCAAGUUCAGUCUGGUCUACACGCCCAAAACUCCGUUUUCAACGGAAGUGACCAACAAUGUGGCCAAGACGCUGGAGCUGAACUCCACGGUGGGCUACCAAAGCGAGGCCCAGAUGCAGGAUCAGUUCGACGAACGGACGACGCUGGCGGGGAUCGUGUUCCAUGAUGCCGAAGGCGAGGGCACUCCCUUGACGCUAUCCGUGUCGAUCCGAUUUCCCAGCGAGUUUCGUACAAUUGCUUCAUUUCUCACCGAGGAUCGACUGUGGGUAACCCGCUGCUCGGGACGGAUCCAUACCGGACGGGAUCGGGCCAAACACGAUAAGCAACAGGAUAUAUAUAUACGCGAGGGAUUUCUGCAGCUGCAGCAUCAGAUCUUCGUGGAGUGGUACCAUCGAUUGCGCAACGAUUUUCUCACCAACUUCCCGGAACCGAAUGUCGAGGUCUACAACAUUCUGCUGAAGGUCUCCGACGAACCCUGCUCCGUGAUGAGUCUCGCCCGGCUGCCCACAUUCUUGUAUAACUUCAUCUACCUACUGCCCUUCCUAAAUGUUAUCAGAAACGUGGCUGCCCAGGUGGAGGAUGGUGUAAUGGUGCAUCAGUGGCAUUACGGUUACUCGUUCGGCAUGCAAUGGGGUUUCAAGUUUACGGUGCUGUUCCUCAGAAUGUUAAUUUUAGGUGCAAUCUUUGUGAUAAUGAUGUUGUUUUUCUGGGCCUUUGUUGGACAAGAGGGGCAGUUUUCCGGCAAGGCGACGAUAGCAUUCAUCUGCUUCAUCGUGGUGUAUACUGUGGAGAUCGUCAUUACCGGAAUGGUGGUGGCGAAACUAUUUGUCAAUCCCACCAAUGCGGUUCUUUUCGCCCUGGUCAUGUGGCUGUUCAUGUACGCGGCAUUCUGCAUUAUAUUGGAACGUUACUGGGACAUCCACAAGUACUAUGUUUUCUUCAUCCUGGUGGUCUUCUGCAACUGCCAGAUGCACUUCAGCAUGAGUUUGUUCCAAAAUUGCAUCGAUGGCCCGGAUAUUGUGCAGACCAUCGAUUUCGUAGUGAUAUUCACGGCGGCCAUUAGUUCGGCCUUGAUAUACUUUCUGGUUCUAUUGGCGAUGCAGUGGCGGAUGCCGGGCACAUACCUCAGUCGGCGCAUAGUGAACAACCGGCCACGGAAGCAACGCGAGUCGGACGUACCCAUUUUGUAUGUGGGUAAAGCUCCUAGCUUCCAGAACUUCGAGUACGGCGAUGUGGGCAGCAAGGAGUUGAUGCGACUGCGUCAUGUCAGCACCACACAUCGCGAUUCGGAGCGAAAGAUCCUGAAGAACAUAUCCAUGCGGAUCUAUCGUGGCGAGGUGUACGUCAUCCUCGGGCAUAUUGGUUCCGGUAAGCUCACCCUGAUGAGGGUUCUGGCCGGCCUCAAGUUCCCCCUACGCGGCAGUGUAACCAUUUUGGACAAGCACUUUGAACCCAAUGGUGAAGUGCGUCGCAUGGUUGACUUCCGUUUCCAUGAGCACGGACUCAAUAAGCACUUAACCGUGGAGCAGACCAUCGACUACCAUGUCCGCUUGAAACUGGCGCCCAGUGAGUCCGAUCGCUACGAAAUCGAGAGGCGCAAGUGGUUGGCCAUACUCGAUCAGCAUGUCGAGAGUCGGAGGACGCGGAUCGGAAAGCUAAGCCCGAGCGCAACAAAACUGGUGGCCCUAUGUUGCUGUUUGGCCGGGGAUACACGGAUCAUUAUAUUGGAGGAGCCGACCACCAUGCUGUCGGGACGCGAGGCGCAGGUCUUUUGGUCGAUUGUCAAUGCGGAGAAGGAGAAUCGUGCCUUCAUCAUAGCCACCUAUAAUGUGGGCGAGGCGGAGCAUGCCGCCGAUCGCAUCGGGAUCCUCAGCAUGGGCGUCCUCGAGGCCAGUGGCACACCCUUCUUUUUGCGGGCCAGGUUCAGCAACAGUGUGGAUCUGGUCAUCAUCAAGAAGCCACAUGUACCCGAUCAGCCAAUCACGGACUAUAUCAAUCAGUUUAUGACUAACAUUGAGCCGGAAAACGAGAUUGGUGAUACCCUAACGUACAGACUGCCGGUAAUCUUUCGACCACGGCUGCAGAAAUUAUUGAUCCAUCUGGAAAUCGAUCGCAAGAAGCUGGGCAUCGAAAAUGUGCGAGUGGUUGGUGCGGAACUGUCCGACAUUUAUAUGAAGCUGGUCACCUCCUUUCGACUACAGCAGCAGAUGAUUCCGGAUGUCAGCCAAACAUUUAAGUACCAGGUGGUUUCGCAAAAGCAACUGACCAGACAGCGGAUGCGCGCAAUGUUUUACAAAAAGAUGAUCCACACGGCGCCGAAUGUCUGGCCGAUUAUCAUGAUCUUCACUAGCUUUGUUCUGAUCGCCAUCAUCGCUCGUCUUUCGGUGCUGCUCGAUAUGCCGAAUAUGCGUCAGAACUCGAUACACAUUGGGUUCAUGGAACCGGUGGAUGUGUCCAAGAUACCUAAUUUGAAGGAUUGCGGCUACAUCGACAUCCGGGCGGACAAGACGGUGGUUAAGAAAAAGCGCAUCGAUGUCUCCAGGACCUUUGAUGACAAGACGUUUGCCUGCGAGAAGGGUACCUAUCGCAAUGAUUUGAAGCAGAAGAGCGAGCUGAAGAGUUUUGGAGCAGUGGAGGCGGACGGGGAGCAGAAUCUCAACGGUUAUAUAAGCCAGGAUAUCUUUCACUCGGCUCCCAUGGUGCUUAACUUGCUGCACAAUAUCAUACUUAGACUUUCGUAUCCGGAGCAGGAGAACAUAAUUACCAUGGUGGAGAAUCAUCCGCUGCCCACGCAGUUGUCGCGAAAGAUCAAUCUUCUGGACAACAAAAUCGCCCACAUUCAUGCCCCAUUGGCCAUCGGCUGCAUCCUCCCACUGACCGUAUCCGUUUUCGUAAUCCCGCUGGUGGAGGAGGAGAUAUAUAACGUACGCUUCUUGCAACAUAUGGCCGGGCUGGGACUGAAGGUCUUUUGGGGUAUUAAUCUGUUUUGGGACUGGUUCACCUUCUUCAUCUAUUCGAUCAUCAUUGUGGUGAUCAUGGGUCUGAUGGGCGUCGGCGGCUUUGGGUUCUAUGAGAAUUGUGUCCUGGUGCUUCUGCUGUCCAUCUAUGGCUUGGCGGCCCUGCCGCUCACUUAUCUGGUCUCCAUGUUUGUGUACAAAUCGAUUGUCCGGGCAUUCCUCGUCUCCGUACUCCUGCAGGGAGUAUCCGGCCUGGUGCUCUACAUCAUCUAUUGGGACGUGGCGAACAGCAAUACGAUCUUCUUCUACGGUGCCUGCAUGUCGCCGGGAUUCUCGCUACUGGACGGAGUUAGCAAUGUGUACACCCAGUGCCUGGAGCAGGAGAUCUGCAAUGCCAAGUGCCAGGCGCACGCCAGCUGCACACCGGAGAAUAUGCACGAGGUGGUGCCCAAUUGCCAAUUUGACACCCAUUUCAAAUGGUCUGCUCCGGGCAUUCUACCCGCCAUUGUCUACAUGGUAUUGUCGGCUUUGAUUUUUUUGAUGCUUAUUUUCUGGAUUGAGCUGCAUCGCAGGGAGAAGAAGUUCCAUUCCCCCAGAGAUCUCCGUAAAAUGAGGACCGCAACUUAUCCCUUCGACGAUGGGGAUGUGGCGGACGUGAAGCUGAAAAUCGCCGAGGCGGAUAAUACCAAGGCCAAACAGUCCGUGUUUUUGGUAGACCAGGUGGAGGCCAAGGUUCCCACCACGGGCAAAAGGAUCAACACUGUAUCCUUUGCUCUGAACAAAUAUAUGAGCAUGGGCAUCUUUGGGCCUCGUAACUCCGGCAAAAGCCAUUUGAUGCGACAAUUGGUGGGCGAGGAGGGAUUCGCCUUUGGUGAGAUCUAUGUGCGGGGCCUGGACUUCAAGUACGAUCUGGAGAGCAUCCACACCUACAUGGGCUACAGUCCGCAGCAUCGUGGCCUGCUCAAUGAGCUGACUCCGCGGGAGCACAUCCGGCUGUUGUGCAUGAUCCGCGGGGUUCCGGAGGCGAAGAUCGGCGAGAAGAUACACGACUUGUGCCUGAUGCUCAACAUGACCGGUUGGAUGCACCGCAAGUGCAGUUCACUGACGGCAGAGAAGCGGCACAAGGUGAAAAUAGCCCUGGCAUUGGUGGCCUACAACAAGAUACUGGUUUUGGACGAACCCACCUGCGGCAUGCCGGCGACCACUAGACGGGAAAUCUGGAAUAUCCUCCGAUAUAUCCGAUACUGCGGCAAGACCAUCAUUUUCGCCACCAACGAUGAAAUGGAAUGCAAGAUCCUGGCUGACUUUAUCAUUGUGUUUCAAGACAGCGAGAUGCUGGCGAUCGGCAGUCUACAAUAUUUGCGAUACAAGUACAGUCAUGGGUUCUAUCUGGAGGUGCGACUCAUCCGCGAUGGAUCCACCCUCGCCGAAGCGGAGGAGAAUUUGCGCAAAGAUGUGGAUAAUCUGGCCAAGUUUGUCAACUUCUUGCACAACAGAUCCGAACUGGUGGGACGUUUACACAAUUGGUUCAAGUUCUACGUGCCAGUAGGCCACAUCGUCUAUUCCUUUCUGUAUGGCGCCAUGGAGAAGAACAAGUUACGCCUGAACGUGAGCGACUACUGCAUUUACCAGGCGGACAUGAUCAAUGUGGUGGCCCAGGUACAGGAGACGCGGGCCCAGUUAAAGCACCGUCUAGUUCUGGCGGAAGAUCGGUUGCCCCUGGACACCACGCCCCCCAUACAGACCCCUCAGCUCAAGGCCAAGGGCAAGAAGUAAUGCCAUGCCCUUUUUGGUGCAAAGCCCACCAUAUCGCUAUGUAUAUUUUAUACAUUGUAUGUUUCUUAACAGUGUUGCAAAACAACGAUUUUUCCAAAAUAUUUAGACAAGAACGUAGUUAAAAAUUAUCAAUCUGUACCUGUAAAUAUAUA